AUGAAGCGGACAUGGUCCUCUGUGACUUCGGUACCAGAUGGUGGCCGAAAGCCACGAGCACUGUUCUGGGCGCUGCUGCGGGCCAACAUACAGGCGCUGGCAUCCUGCUGCAUCCCGCGGCUACUACAGAUAGGCUUUCGCUAUGCACAACCACUUUUGCUGUCGCGGACGGUUUCCUACGCGAGCGACUUGUCGCAGCCAGAGAGCGUGGGUUGGGGGCUAACAGGGGCCUUCUUCCUGGUGAUGGUCGGCCUGGCGGUGAGCAACGGGUGGUACUCCCACCUGACAUACCGGUUUACGACGAGCGUUCGGGGCAGUCUCAUAGGGCUGAUCUACGGCAAGACGGUGGACCUGAGCGUGACAGCACUGGACGAGUCAGUGGCAGUGACACUCAUGUCCAGCGACACGGCAGCCGUUUGCACCGGCCUGCAGCAGGUGCACGAGCUCUGGGCGGUGCCGGUUGAGAUUGCCAUUGCGCUGGUGCUGCUGCACCGACAGCUGGGCGUGGCCAUGGUGGCACCGGCCGUGCUUGCGACGUUCUCCUGGGUGGCCAUCAUGGCACUGGCACGGCAUCUGGGCAGGGCACAGGAGAUGUGGAUGGAGGGUAUCCAAACGCGCGUGGACGUGACAGCCAGAAUGCUGGGGGCCAUGAAGUCGGUCAAGAUGCUCGGCUUCUCCGGCCGAAUGGAACGGGAUGUGCAGACACUUCGUGUAGCCGAGAUGGACGCUUCAACGAUGUUUCGGAAGCUGAUCACCGUGCGUGUCUUCUUGGCCAACAUCCUCGACAUGCUCGGGCCGUUCAUGACCUUUGCCGUGUUUGUUAUUGCCGCACACCAUGGCGACGCCAGCGGCGACAGCGUGCUGAAGGCCGGGAGGGCAUAUACGGCGCUGAGCCUUAUCUCACUGCUAUCGACACCGGUCAACGGCCUGAUCGCUGUGAUCCCGAUGGUGAUUGCUGCACUGGCCUCGCUCGGCCGCAUCCAGACCUUCCUCGCCUCUGACGCCCGAAGGGACCACCGGCUGCCGCUUGGGAGCAACGGCCAGUCGACAUCGACAGUGACGUCGACAGACAGCAUCGAACUGGCCUCGGUGCCUUCGACCGACGCCGUGAUGGUCGCACAGGAUGUGAGCUUCUCGUGGACACAGUCGGUGCCGGUGGUACGCGACGUCAACUUUACCAUCGCCCGCGGCGAGAUUUGCAUCGUCAUCGGCCCAGUCGGUUGCGGCAAGAGCACGCUGCUCAAGGGCAUCCUGGGCGAGACGCCGUCGACACAGGGCUUCCUGUACACAGCCUGUCCCGAGGUGGCCUACGUGGACCAGACGGCGUGGAUCCGCAACACGACUUUCCGGGACAACGUGCUGGGAAUGUCAGUCUACGAUGAUGCCUGGUAUCGUGAGGUUGUCUCGGCUUGUGGGCUGGACGAAGACGUGGCCGCUCUGCCUCAUGGACAUCACACCAAAGUUGGCAGCUCGGGAAUCUCGCUCUCGGGCGGCCAGAAGCAGCGACUGGCUUUAGCUCGGGCAGUAUACGCUCGCAAGUCCGUGGUCGUGCUGGACGACGUCUUCUCCGGGCUCGACGCUGACACGGAGGAGCACAUCUUUGCCCGGCUCUUUUCGCGACAGGGCGGCCUCUUCCGGAACCGCCAGCCGGGAGCCACCAAGACAAUGACAACAGUGCUCUUGGUCACGCAUGCUGUGCAUCGACUGGCCUACGCAGACCACGUGAUAGCCAUGGCUCCCGACGGGACCAUUGCCGAGCAAGGUACGCUGGGACAGCUGGAGAAAGCGGGUGGAUAUGUGGCUUCGCUGAAAGCGCGACAGAGGGGACAGGAGGGCGAGGAGACGGAUGGGAAGGUUAGGGCCGACCAGAACAGAACAGACAAGCAGGCAGCGCCGGGUAUCGUGAUGGCAGAGGAGUCCGAAGGAGGCCACAUGCUCGAUGAGUCCGACCACAGAAGCACAGGCGAUUUCUCACUGUACAUGUACUUCUUUGGCACGGUGCACUGGUCGUCGACGGCGCUGUGGAUUGGCUGCUUUCUCGCCUUUGGAGUGGCCUCUAAGCUGGCCGAGUUCGUGGUCUACUUCUGGACGAACGCAGCCAAGCGGGAUGGCAGCCGGGUGGACGGAUUCUAUCUGGGCAUGCUGGGGUUGACAGCGGUUUUCACUACAUGCGGUCUGAUAAGUGGAUUAGGGCACUACGUGCUCUACUUUGCGCCUCGGAGUGCGGCAGUGCUGCAUCAGCGGCUGCUGCGAACGGUGAUGCGGGCGCCACUGGCCUUUUUCAGUGCUGUCGACACGGGCACGACGACCAACCGGUUUAGCCAGGACAUGACGCUGCUGGACAACGAUCUGGCCUACUCGAUGAUCAACUUCACGGUGGCGCUGUUCAGCGGUGCCAUGUCGGCAUUGCUGAUGUGCAUCUCGGCACGCUACUUUGCGGCGGUGAUGCCGGUGGUAGCGCUGGUGGCAUGGGUGCUGCAGCGUUACUACCUGCGAACAUCACGACAGAUGCGACUGCUCGACCUCGAGGCCAAGAGCCCGCUCUUCGGGCACUUUCUCGAGACGCUCUCGGGCCUGGUCUCGCUGCGGGCCUUUGGCUGGACCGACGCAUUUGAGAGCCGUGGCAUGGCGCUGCUGGACGCCUCACAGCGGCCGUUUUAUCUGCUAUUCUGCCUGCAGCGUUGGCUCAAGCUGGUGCUCGAUCUGCUCGUGGCUGGACUGGCCGUCGUGCUGAUGGUGCUAGUGGUCAAGCUGCGUGAAGAAGUGGGUGCCGGCUUCGUCGGCCUGGCCAUUCUCAAUGUGUUGACCUUCAGCGAGUCACUCACCAUGAUCAUCCGCGACUGGACAGUGCUCGAGACGUCCCUGGGAGCUGUUGCUCGCGUGCGCUCCUUUACGACCACCACGGCAGACGAGAACCGGCCGGACGAGGACCAGCCACUGCCCGAGGGGACGGGUGACGAGUUGUGGCCCUCCCGAGGAGCGAUUGAGUUCCGGAACGUGUCUGCUUCGUACACGGAGAACGGCAAGCUGGUCGUUCGCAGCGUCAGCCUCUCCAUCAGGCCAGGGGAGAAGGUGGGUAUCUGCGGGCGCAGCGGCAGCGGAAAGAGCUCGUUGCUGGUUACGCUCUUCCGCAUGCUCGAGAUCGUGCCAGGACAAGACGGACGCAUCGGCAGCAUCAUCAUCGAUGGCGUGGAUAUUUCGCGGGCGCGACGCAACGAUGUCCGCAGCCGGCUGAAUGUGAUACCGCAGGAUCCGUUUUUCCUACCGCGGGCGACGGUGCGUGAGAAUGCGGAUCCAUGGACGCGGCAUGACGACGCGGUAGUCAUGGACGCCUUGCAGCGGGUGGGCCUGUGGGAGACGGUUAUGGCCGAGAGCGGCGGGCUGGACGCUCUGCUGGAUGCAGACGCUGCGGGAUCACUCUCACACGGGCAGAGGCAGCUCUUCUGUCUGGCGCGAGCACUGCUGAGGGCACGGCCGAGGACGAGAGAUGGGAGUGACCACAACGGCAGCGAUGAUGACGGCGGAUGCGGGCGGGUGAUUGUCCUGGACGAGGCAAGCAGCAGCGUGGACGUUGAGGCGGAUGCGCGGAUGCAGGCUGUGAUCAGGAGCGAGUUUGUCGGCUGCACAGUGUUGGCCGUGGCCCAUCGGCUGGACACGAUCCUGGACUUUGACCGCGUGGCUGUGAUGUGGGACGGCGAACUGGUCGAGCUGGGGACACCGGCUGAGCUGCUGCAGCGAGAGGGUGGUGCUUUCAAAGAGCUGUACGAGUCGAGGUGA